CUUGAACUUUCAAUCGCUGGUAAAACACAACGACGCACCCGACGCACCUCCCCCCCGACACAAGCGCAUGAUACCUUGUUCAUCGCUCAAGAGGUUGCCACGCUCUGCAGGCAUACUCAAGCACUCUGCUCGCACGGCCGUCACUUCCCUCCCAAUCACUCGGCACAUUUCCACUGCAAAGAACCACCACCGCGUCCCUUCGGCUUCUCGUCUUUCCUUCUCCCCCAUUACUCUGCCUCGCCGUUCAGCAUCCACAAUGGUCGCGCCUUCUAGUACCGCGAGAGAUUACGGACAUUUCAAGCUCGUCAAGAGCUUCGACCUCGACUAUGCCCCGGUCACUGUCUCCAAGUGGAGGAGCGACAAGACGGGUCUGACCGUCACCCUUGGCAAUCACUCGUCCCCUAUCACCAAUGGAUACUUUGUCGUGGCUUCCGAGAUCUUCGAUGACACUGGCCGCCCCCACACCCUUGAGCACCUUGUCUUCCUGGGCUCCAAGGCGUACCCCUACAAGGGCGUUCUCGACCAGCUUGCCAACCGCGCGGGUAGCAACGGCACGAAUGCCUGGACAGCGAACGACCACACGGCCUACACCAUCGCCACAGCCGGCAGCAAGGGCUUCCUUGAGAUGCUCCCUGUCUAUGUCGACCACAUCCUCCACCCCACCAUGACGGACGCGGGCUUCGUUACCGAGGUUCACCACAUCAAUGGCGAGGGCGAGGAUGCCGGUGUGGUCUACAGCGAGAUGCAGGGACGCGAGAACCAAUCUUACGACCGUAUGGCCCUGGAGCUCCAGCGCACGAUCUACCCCCAGACCUCUGCGUACCGCUCGGAGACGGGUGGUUUGCUCAAGAUGCUUCGUGUUCUUACCGCCGAACAAAUUCGCCAGUACCACAGCACAUACUAUGUCGCGCACAACCUCUGCCUUCACAUGGACGGUGCGGUGAAUGUCCCUGAGCUGUUCGACGUUCUCAACAACAAGGUCGAGCCUCUCAUCUUGGCGCAGAAGGCUGCUGCCGAGGCCAACACCAGCGGCACCUACACCCCUCCUCCCGGCUGGAAGCGCCCCUUCGUUGAGACCACGACUGCCGAGCCUCAUACACUCCCCGGCUCGGAGACCAAGGUUGUCGAGUUCAUGGAGGAGGACGAGUCGAUGGGCGAGACCAUGUCCGUUUGGCUUGGCCCCGCUCCCACCAACUUCUUGGACAACCUCGCGCUUGACGUUGUUGGCACCUACCUCACCCACUCGGCCACCUCGCCGCUGCAGAAGGAGUUUAUCGAGAUUCCCGAGCCGCUCUCCACAUACAUUGGCUUCUACACGGAUGGACGCGUCAACCACAACGAGUUGAUGCUGACUGCCAGCGAUGUCCCGAAGAAGCACCUUGAGACCUUCCCCGACCUUGUCAAGGCCAAGCUUAAGAAGAUUGUCACCGAGGAAGGAAUCGACAUGGAGCGCAUGAACAGCGUCAUCCGCCGGGAGAAGCGCGCCAUGCUCAACCGCACCGAGACCUCUGUCAGCAGCGUCUUGUCUGACGUUGUCAUCCAGGACUUCCUGUAUGGCAACUUCGACGGCAAGGACCUGCCUGAGGCCUUCGACGACCUCCGUGACUUUGCCACCGUCAGCAAGUGGACAGCGAAGGAGUGGGCCAACCUCAUCGACAAGUACCUUGUCUCUGCGCCUUCAGUUACCACCAUUGGCAAGCCUUCCGCCAAGCUCUCGCAAGAGAUUGAGACGACUGAGAAGGAGCGUGUCGCCAAGCAGAAGGCUGAGCUCGGCGAGGCUGGCCUCAAGCGCCUGCAGGAGGAGCUGGAUGCGGCCAAGAAGGAGAGCGACACACCCAUCCCUCCCGAGAUCCUCACCAGCUUCCCCGUCACCAACCCUGCCGAGAUCAUCUGGAUCCCUGUGGAGACUGCCAUCAACAAGGCUCCUGGCGACAAGAUUGUGACCGACAAGGGCGAGGUCCAGCGUCACAUUGACGCUGACGGUGCCACUGUCCCCUUCCAGGCUCACUUCUCGCACGUCAAGUCCAACUUUGUCACCAUCAGCGUUCUCCUGGACGCUGCCAACCUUCCUUCGCAUUUGAUGCCUUACAUGGCCAUCCUGCAGCCGUCCCUCUUCAGCCUCGGCGUCCGCCGCGCCGACGGUACCGUGCUCUCGCACGAGGAGGUUGUCAACCAGCUCAACGACUUUACUGUUGACCAGGACAGCAACUUCUCCUACCGCCGCUGCUUUGCCGAGAACUUCACUGUGUCCAUCAAGGCCGAGAAGGAGAACUAUGCCCAGGCGGUUUCUUGGCUCCGUGACGUCCUCACUGGCUCCAUCUUUACCAAGGAGCGAUUGGAGGUUAUCAUUGCCAAGGAGCUCCAGAACCUUCCUGCGCAGAAGCGUGACGGCGACAUGAUUGUCCGUUCGUGGAUCAACAAGCUCGCGUUUGAUGCUUCGCGCUCGCCCUCCGAGUCGUGCGCUGUCCUCAGCCUCCUUGACUUCAUCCCCAAGGUCGCCGAGGAGCUCAAGGAGGACCCGGAGAAGGUGAUCAAGACGCUCGAGGAGCUUCGUGCUGCCUUGAUCAACCCCGAUGCCCUUCGCAUUGCCGUGGCUGGUGACAUCUUGAGCCUGCCUGAGCCUCGCUCUGUGCUUGCCAAGAACUUCAUCCCGAUCAAGGAGGCUGUUGCGCUCAAGACCAUCUCGACGUCUGAGCAGUCGCUUACUGAGCUGGGCAAGAACCCCUCGAAGAAGCUUGUUGUCGUCCCCAUGGCUGCCAUUGAAGGCUCGUACUCUCACCACUACGCCAAGGGCCUGAGUGGCUGGGACCACCCCGACCUCCCUGCGUUGACACUGGCUGCCAACGUUCUCAACACCAUGGAGUCGUACCUUUGGAAGUCCAUUCGUGGCUCUGGUCUGGCGUACGGCGCCAACGUCGAGGUCGACGCCGAGUCUGGCCUCGUCGGCUUCUCGGUGUACCGCAGCCCCAACGCCAUGCUUGCGUACCGUGAGGCUGGCAAGGUCCUCAAGGGCCUCGCCGACGGCACCACGGAGAUUGACGCCAACAUUGUUGACGGCUCGCGUGCCAGCUUGACGUACAGCUACGCCCGCAAGUCGGAGACUGUUGGCGGUGCGGCUUCGACCGCCUACCUUGAUGAGGCGCUCAAGGGCGUCGGCAAGAACUUUAGCCAGGAGAUGCUUGCCAAGCUGCCUGGUGUGACUCUGGACCAGAUCCGCGAUGUCAUCCGCAAGUACUUUGUUCCCGUGUUUGACUCGAACACUGCUAUCGGCGCGGUGACUGUCAACACUGGCAAGGCGGACGAGGUGGAGGCUGGCUUCAAGGAGCUCGGCUUUGAGGUUGAGCGCCACGAGCUGCCGACGCUGGGAAACGACGAGGGCAGCGAUGCCGAGAUGGGCAGCGAGUCAGGUAGCGAGACUGGAAGUGAGAGCGGGAGCGAGAGCGAGGUGGCCCCCAUCGCGCGCACCUUUGCCUCGUCGGCGUGCUCGCGCGACGCCUCGGCCGAGGCGGAGAGCUCGACGUCGUCGAACAAGUCGACCAUUAUCCCGGGCGAGACCGUCGAGCAGCACUGGACGCGCGAGAUGAACAACGUGCGCGACUGGCGGCGGCGAUACGCGGCGAUCAAGGCCAACGUCCCGCUCUACAUCCCCGAGCCGGCGUCCAAGCCCAGGGGCACGGCGUCGCCGACCGAGGCGUCGCUGUCGACUCUGCUCGCUGCUGGCGCCGCGCUCGGCCACUCUGCGCAGCUGCUGACGCCCGCGUUCUCGCCGUACGUGUACGGCACGCGCUCCGGCCUGUCCAUCAUCGACCUGGAGCAGACGCUGCCGCUCCUGCGCCGCGCGGCAACGCUCGUGCGCGACGUCGCCAAGGCGGACGGCGUGGUGCUGUUCGUCGGCACGCGCAAGAUGCACCGGAAGAUUGUGAUCGCCGCGUCGGAACGGAUGGGCGACAACGGCUACGCGUCCGACAACUGGAUGCCCGGCAUGCUCACCAACGCCGAGACGUACUUUGGCAUGGACGUCGUCAAGCGCGGGACCUACGUGCCCGACCUCGUCGUCUUCCUCAACCCGAGCGAGAACGUCGGCGGCAUCCGCGAGUGCAACGCCCGCAACGUGCCCACCAUCGGCCUGAUCGACUCCAACACCGACCCCCGCCUCACGACGUACGCCAUCCCCGCCAACAUGGAGAGCCUGCGCACCGUCGAGCUCGUGGCCGGCACCCUGUCGAUUGCGGGCCAGGAGGGCCGCCGCAUGCGCCUCCGCGACGCCGAGACCGCCCUCGACCGCCGUAACCGCGACGCCGAGUGGCGCCGCCGCACAGGCGCGAGCGCGUAGGGGUGGGGCGACACAGGGGAUAAAGCACUAGUCUACAUGCAUUGAUCAAUG